AUAUGUACAACAUAAAUAUGUAUACUAAUCUCAUUAUUAAUUGCUCCAGGACCCUCAUCCCUGCAUAUCUCCCCCUAGUCACCAAAGACGUCGACCCAUGGAUUUGGAUAACCACUAAACCCUCACAAAUAGACUCAAUUCUGCUCUGUCCCAUCCUUCCGGCCAGGACGAAGUAUAAAUUGGCAAUUUCUGUCAACCCUUCCACCGGAAAUUUAGUCAUUAAAUCCGUUUGUUUCUUUUGCGAUUCGGGUCGACCCUUCGUGGUCACUUUGCCUGAUAAACGACCCUCCCAGAACUAUGACUACUUUCCCGAUUACGUCUCAAAUUUAAACGGACACACUGUUCGGGUAGCAUUUCCUGCAGUGAAGUCCAGAGUCUGGGCAGACCCUCCGUACACCAAGGUUAACAAUGCGAACAGGGGAAUUUGGAAGGGGUACAUUGAAGAACAUCUUGUGCCCAAGUUCAACUGCACUUAUAAUUUAUUCAUGGCGACGGGAAAAGGCACUGGAUUAAAGCUACCAAAUGGGACUUGGAUCGGCACUGUAGGAGACAUAAUUGCUGAUCGGGCCGAUGUCGGAAUUAUAACUGCGCACACGCCAGAUAGAAUAAAAGUAGUCUCUUUCACCAACUCCUUCAUGGACAUAAGUUUCCUAAACUUCAUUACGUCACAAGGAACCCGGGUAUUUUCUCCGGCCGCCUUGCUCUGGCCUUUCGACUUGACAAUGUGGGCUUGCCUCGGCCUUUCCACCCUCGUCGCCUUCAUAGUCUUCAGAAUCAUCAGGGCGGGCAUGAAACGGAUUAACGACGAUGACGACGGCAGCAGUUGGACCAUCCGACGACAAGUAAUGUUCAUCCUGACGAGUUACCUCGACCAAGAUUUCGGAGAGAAUAUACCACAAUCCACCCCUCUGAGAUGUUUUGUAGCGUUAUGGUUGUUUUUUACAAUCAUUGUUACGACAAUAUACAGGUCAAAGAUGGUGGGAUUUUUAGCAUUUCCCUUCCUGGAACAAGUUCCGGAAACAUUUGAGCAGUUGGUGAAAUCCAAGUACCAAGUCGGAUUUUCAAAACACGGUGACGCUGCAUACAACACCCUGAAAGCUUCGACAGAUCCAGUUUAUGUGAAGUUGGUGAGAGACAUGGAGAUCAUCACGGGCGUAGGAUUGGAGUGUUUGGAACGGGUGGUGACUAAAAAAUACGCAUGCAUCAUGUAUUCCGUCUCAGCUAUUUAUCUUCAGGCUGCUAAUUUGUCGGAUUCGGACAGCAGGAAGUUGGUGUAUGCACCGGAAACGACGUACAAUAUCUACAUGGGCUUCGCCCUCGAAUCCGGAUCCAUCUUCAAGGAGAGUUUCGAACGUUCGAUGGGCUGGACGCGACCGUUUCAUCUUCCCGCCCUCUGGGAAGAGCACGACAUGUAUUACGACGUGCGUCUCCCAAAACGUGCCUGGUGGCGCGAUACUGGUCAAAUGGACAAAUUAAAGCAUUCAGCCGGCAAGACGGACGAUGAUCUCACUUUGAAACACAUUUCGGGAGCUUUCUAUUCUUUGGUUGGAUGUCUUGUGAUUUCUGGAAUUGUCUUUAUAUACGAAAUGCUCUAUUAUUACAGGAAAAAACAAAGGAAGAAGGUUAGAAGUCAAUUUAAAAUAGGAAAUAAAUCUACAGCAGUUGACGAUUUUGGUUAUUCUAAUCGGGACGGUUUUCAUUAUUAAUUGAAGGACGUGUUUUGGUAUACCUCUGUAAUCUGCAUAUAUAACUAGCUUUAUGCAAAUUUGUUACCGGUGUUAUGUUGUAGGGAGGAAGACUGACAAAGUGGAAGGUUCCCACUUUUGGAAUUUUUACUGCUUAUUUACUUUAUUUAUAUCAAUCAAUGUGUGCAUUUUCAUCCAAUCUUUGAACAUAUUUUCCUAUGUGACAAUCAUUCUGUUAAUUUUAUUUCCUAAGACAUGAUAAUAAAUGCAUACA